CAUGUUUCCUCUUUGAGCUGAGCCCGGCCGAGCCCCGUGAAUAUAAGCCCAGGCAGACAGACACUUAAGCAGAGCUCCACGGACCCCCUCUAGCUCCGCCCCUGAAUAAAGACACACCUCAGACCAGUAGGUGGCGGUAAUAGUGCUUUAGGACUGUUUGCCAACCUCCACUUACUUACCUCCGAAGAAGACAAUAAAAACACGAAGAAGAAAUCUUUGUUCUGGCGGCAGUGUGUGACACGUUUUGAUUAGUUUGGUGAAGAAAACUCGUUCCGCCUAAAUCCUGGUUCUGUUGUCGACAUGGUGAAGUUAUCUGCGGAGCUCAUAGAGCAGGCUGCUCAGUACACCAACCCGGUGAGAGACCGAGAGUUGGACCUACGAGGUUAUAAGAUCCCGGUUCUGGAGAACCUGGGAGCGACUCUGGACCAGUUUGAUACCAUUGAUUUCUCUGAUAAUGAAGUGAGGAAACUGGACGGCUUCCCUUUGCUCAAAAGACUUAAAACGUUGCUGAUGAACAACAACAGAAUCUGUCGGAUCGGGGAGAACCUGGAGCAGUCCCUGCCAGAUCUCAGAGAGCUGGUGCUCACCAACAACAACAUCCAGGAGCUGGGAGACUUGGAUCCGCUGGCCUCGGUGAAGACGUUAACCCUCCUCAGCUUGUUGAAGAAUCCUGUGACAAACAAGAAGCACUACAGGCUUUACGUCAUCAACAAAAUCCCACAGAUCCGUGUGCUCGAUUUUCAGAAAGUGAAGCUCAAGGAACGACAGGAGGCAGAGAAAAUGUUCCGAGGCAAACGAGGCGUUCAGCUCGCCAAGGACAUGGGCAGGCGAACAAAAACGUUUACUCCUGGGGUUGUUCAGCCAGAGAAGAGAAGGACGGGGCCGUCUCAAGCUGAUGUGGAGGCCAUCAAGAAUGCCAUCUCCAACGCUACGUCGCUGGCAGAGGUGGAGAGGUUGAAAGGCAUGCUGCAGGCCGGACAGAUCCCAGGACGAGAUCUCAGACAAGAUCCCAGUGGGAUGGAGGAGGAAGAAGAAGAGGAAGACUAUAAUGGUGCAGAGGCGCAUAUGGAGGAAGGUUAUGGAGACGGCAUAAACAACGGGGACCAAGCAGAGGAUGAAGACAUGGAGGAUGAGCCGCAUGAAAACGGCUCCUGAACCUGCUAGAUUUAUUUUUUUUUCUUUCUCAGAUUUCUGGUGUCGCACUGCAGUGUGCUGUUUUCAUUUUGUAUAUUGACUCAUUAAAGAGAUUUCUUGUACUC